AUGGAGACAUACCUCAACCCGCUUCCGCCGCUCCUGAAAAGCGCCAUUGCCAAGUGGGCGUGUGUCUCAUUGGCCGCUCUGGGUAGUCUCCCCGGCAGUUUCAACCGGACAGCCUUCGAGGCUCCGUGGGCAACCUCCGACAUAUCCGAUGAAGGCCUGAGCACAACUCUAUCCCGCUUAAACGACACCGACUUUAUGGCCUACCAUGAGAGAUUCUUUGAUAUCAUUAGCCCAACCGCAACCGUUGAGCAUGUUCAAAAGUUAUCCUAUCAGAUCCACGAGGCUCCAUGUUACAUCCCAGCAACGAACCAACUUUUCUUCGUGGAAUGGGGUCCACCGGGAGGCGACGAUGGCAUACAUUCACACCUGUAUCUCCUGGAUGUCGAGACCAAUACCUUACACAAGAUCACCACCAACCCUCCCACAUACAAUGUCCACGGAUGCGUCUACUAUAAUGGCUCCAUCCACGUGGUAACGGAUGGAUACAGUGAUCUGCAGACCGGAGAGCUAGCCAUGAUCGAUCCUGUCAGCAUGGAAAAGAAGACACUACUCAAUAACUACUUGGUGCAACCGUUUGCUGGGUUCAACGAUCUAGAGAUCGACCGGGAGGGGAAUUUCUGGCUGACGGAUUCAAAGUCAGGUUGGGGCCGAGAGAUUGUAGAGUUCUCACCCCCAACAAACCCUUCCGUUUAUUUCGUAGAUAGGUCUACCCUUCACACCAAGGUAGCAUAUACUACUAGCGGGAAUACAAACGGCGUCGCCAUCUCACCUGAUGGAAGUAGGGUCUACAUUCCGGAGACCGGGGUCUCCAAGUACUUUCCGAAACGGACAGAUACCUAUGGAAUGCGGCAGCUGUGGGCGUUUGAUGUCUCCGACUCCGGCUCCGUCCUGUACAAUCAGAGGUUCUUCAACAGCCCCACCUCAUAUUUCUACGAUGGGGUUCGGGUCUCGCGGCAUGGAUACAUCUUCUGCGGAGCUGGAGAUGGAGUGGACGUGCUCGACCCUCGGACGGGCGACACAUUGGGGACUAUCCGCGUCGGUGGAGGGGAUAAUGUCGCCGUGAGUCUGGCGUUUGGAGAGCAUGAACUGCGGAUUGUGGGGAAAGGGGGUGUAUGGCAUGUGAAGGGAUUGAAGGAACGGCUCGCGCGAGAGUGGUAGGCCGGUAGCUUGAUAGGUCAAACUCACUAAAUAUUCUCGCGAGUUCGUUGAAUGAGUUCCUUCAAACAAACGUAGCGAAUCUUGC